AUGAUGCUCCAUGAAAUCCCUGAUACGGACCAAGAUGCUGAUGGCAGCUCAUGGAAGACAACUUCUGGUGAUGGAUUCAGGGGCAGAGGAGGCAGGGGAGGAUCACGAGGAGGAAGAGGAGGCUUCAGAAAUACCUUUAAAUCAGAAACUGAUGAAAAUGGCAACGAUGAGGGUUGGAAAGAUGGUGAAGGCCAAGGAAGAGGUCGCGGUGGUUUCCGAGGUGGUUUUCGUGGUGGUUUCCGUGAUGGUGGUAAUGAAGAGACUGGGAGAAGAGGCUUUGGAAGAGAAAAUGACGAAAAUGGCACAGAUGAGGGUUGGAAAGGAGGUGAAGGCCGAGGAAGAGGUCGUGGAGGCUUCCGUGGGGGUUUCCGUGAUGGUGGUGGCGAUGAAGAGACAGGAAAAAGAGGCUUUGGAAGAGGAGGUUUCAGAGGCCGGAAUGAGGAAGUGUUUCCCAAGGCCUCAACAUCAGACAAGCCAGAUCAAGAAGCAGGUGAAAAUGCAGGACCCAAGGUUGUCUAUGUGCCGCCUCCCCCUCCAGAAGAGGAGAGUUCCAUAUUUUCCCAUUAUGCCACAGGCAUUAAUUUUGACAAAUAUGAUGACAUCCUUGUGGAUGUGAGUGGCAGCAAUCCUCCAAAGGCCAUUAUGACUUUUGAUGAAGCAGGACUUUGUGAAUCACUGAGAAAGAAUGUAACGAAGUCUGGAUAUGUGAAGCCUACUCCUGUCCAGAAACAUGGAAUUCCCAUUAUUUCUGCUGGACGAGAUCUGAUGGCUUGUGCCCAGACCGGAUCAGGAAAAACGGCGGCCUUCCUGCUGCCCAUCCUACAGCGGCUGAUGGCUGAUGGAGUGGCAGCCAGCAAGUUCAGCGAGGUGCAGGAGCCCGAGGCCAUAAUCGUGGCCCCCACCAGAGAGCUCAUCAAUCAGAUCUAUCUGGAGGCCAGGAAGUUUGCAUAUGGGACCUGUGUGCGUCCUGUGGUGGUUUAUGGAGGUGUAAAUACUGGAUACACUAUUCGAGAGGUGUUAAAGGGCUGCAAUAUUUUGUGUGGGACUCCAGGACGAUUGCUUGACAUCAUUGGUCGUGGAAAGGUUGGCCUGAGUAAGCUGCGGUAUUUGGUUCUAGAUGAAGCAGACCGAAUGCUGGACAUGGGCUUUGAGCCGGAUAUGAGAAAGUUGGUGGGAUCUCCAGGAAUGCCUUCUAAAGAGGAUCGACAAACCCUCAUGUUCAGUGCCACCUACCCUGAAGAUAUUCAAAGGAUGGCUGCAGAUUUUUUGAAAGUGGACUACAUUUUCCUUGCUGUUGGUGUGGUUGGUGGAGCAUGCAGUGAUGUGGAGCAAACUAUCGUUCAGGUGGACCAGUACUCCAAGAGAGACCAGCUGCUUGAACUGCUCAGAUCUACAGGGUCCUUCAAGACGGAUGAGCCGCCUCAAGCAUCCGCCCCAAGUCCAGCAGCGGCUGCAGAUGAUGAGGAAUGGGAGUAACUACUCGAACGCCUUACGUUCUAUGUAGAUUUAUUUUAUUUUUAUAUUUGUGAGUUUAUUCAUUUCUCCAGCAGGCUUGUUAAAAUGUUGAUUGAUUAAGGUAGCAUUACGGUAAAGCUGUUGCAUUUAAAAAAAAAA